AUAACAACUGUUUGUAAUCAUUGUUAUUGCUAGUGAAAUGGAUGGUGCUACUGCCAGUCAAAGUGCAAAUAGAAGAGAAGCAAAGCUUGAAGCCAGUGGCACAAACAAGUCAAGAGAUAUUAAAAUAGAGAACUUUGAUCUUGCUUAUGGAGAAAGGUUAUUGUUAAAGAAUGCAGAUGUAUCAAUGGCUGCUGGUAGAAUAUAUGGUCUGGUAGGAAGAAAUGGUGUUGGGAAAACAACUUUCCUCAGAACUUUAUCUAAGAGAGAGUUGUUUAUCCCAUCGCACCUAUCGAUUCUACAUGUGGAGCAAGAGGUGAUUGGUGAUAAUACGCCCGCCAUUGAAAGUGUACUUGAAUGCGACAAAGAAAGAUAUGAACUCCUAAAAGAAGAGAAAAAGCUGACUGGGUCCGCUGUAACUGGCAGUCCUCCAUCAAAUUCUGGCGAGAAAACUUCAACGGGUCGUCUUCAACAGAUUUAUGCUCGUUUGGAAGAAAUUGAAGCCGACAAGGCUCCUGCCAAAGUUGGCUAUUUCCUAAACCAUUWUCUUGAAUGUCUGCAAUGUUUUUCUCACAGRGCGUCUAUGAUUCUCGYUGGUUUGGGAUUCACGCCGUCCAUGCAGACAAAGAAAACGAUAGAGUUUUCAGGAGGAUGGCGAAUGAGAAUUGCUCUCGCAAGAGCUUUAUUUACAAAACCAGAUUUGCUUUUACUUGACGAACCGACGAACAUGUUGGAUUUAAAAGCGGUUAUGUGGCUUGAAAACUAUUUACAGACUUGGUCAACAACAAUCCUGGUUGUGUCCCAUGACAGAAACUUUCUAGAUACUGUAUGCACAGAUAUCUUACACAUGCACUCACAGAGAAUUGACUACUACAAGGGCAACUAUGAGAAUUUCUCAAAAACAAGAGAAGAAAAACAGUUAAAUCAGCAAAGAGAAUAUGAAUCACAACAAAUGUACAGACAGCACUUACAGGAAUUCAUUGAUAGAUGGCGAUACAACGCCAAAAGAGCUUCUCUUGCUCAAAGUAAAAUCAAGAUCCUUGAGAAACUUCCUGUUCUUCAGCCAGUUAUCAGAGAUCCACCUGUAGUCAUCAGAUUUCCUGAGUGUGAAAAACUCUCACCACCUAUCCUGCGACUGGAUGAGGUAACGUUCCGGUACGGUUGUGGUGAGGUUAUCUUUGAAAAGGUUGAUAUAUCUGCGAAUGCWGAGUCAAGAAUAGCUGUGGUCGGUGAUAAUGGUUCAGGAAAAACAACUCUGCUGAAAAUACUUCUUGGUGAAUUAGAACCAGUUAAAGGAAUCAGACAUUGCCAUAGAAAUCUGAAAAUUGGCUACUUUAGCCAACAUCAUGUCGACCAACUGUCUAUGAAUCAGUCUGCUAUCGAAGCUCUYGCUACGAAAUUCCCAGGUAAAAAUGUAGAGCACUAUAGACACCAACUUGGUCGCUAUGGCGUUUCUGGUGACCUAGCAACACGGCCGCUGGUCAGUUUGUCRGGAGGGCAAAAAAGUCGGAUGGUAUUGGCCAUGAUGACCAUGACUAGUCCUAAUCUACUGAUUCUUGAUGAACCCACCAAUCAUCUGGAUAUGGAGACCAUCGAAGCACUUGGAAAGGCUCUCAAAGCAUUCCAGGGAGGAGUUAUUCUUGUAUCUCACGAUGAGCGUCUGGUCAGAUCMAUGUGUGAUGAGGUCUGGGUUUGUGGCAACCGACAAGUGAAAUCUAUUGAAGGAGGCUUUGAUCAAUACAAACGCAUGGUCCAAGAAGAACUACAGGCUGUGUUACAAUAGAAAUCAAAUCAAUUAUGAAUUUCUAGAUUUAAAUUAUUUUAUUUCUGGUAAAUAAAAAAUAGUCUAUAUAUAUAAAUAAAUUGUUCAAGUUUAUGGCA